CACAACUUAUUAACAUAAUUAAACAACAUGGCGGACAGUGGCAAUGCAUUCCCGACUACUUCCUGAGUUAGUAUUGCAGUUUUCCUGCCGCGUUUUUCAGGGGCUAUUUUCCUGUAGCCCGCCAAGAUGACAGAGAGGGUAGAAUGGGUGGAGAUAAUCGAGCCCAAGACCCAGCGGCCGAUGUACGGCAAUCUGAGGACAGGGGAACUAGCAUGGGAACCACCCUCAAACGCUAAAGUAAAGAAGAGAGACAACAACCAGUGGUGGGAGCUCUUUGAUCCCAAGACCAAACGGUUCUACUACUACAAUGAAAUGUUGGAGAAGACAGUCUGGCAUCGGCCACUCAACUGUGACAUCAUACCCCUGGCUAAGCUACAGACACUUAAAUUGAAUACUGAAGUGAGGCCAGAUGACACGGAGUGGGCCAAGCAGCGACAGCAAUCCUCGCAACGGCACCGACAAAGACGAAGCCACAACAGGGACCGACGCGGGGAGCAGCGCGACAACGUCGCCAACGCUGCUACUGAGGGUCUGAUAGAGGAGCACACCAGGGUGGCGAGAAGUGCAAACGGGACUGGACCCAGGUUUCAUAAACGUAUGGACUCGCUGGAUGAAAGGCAUAUCCACUCCUCGCCCAUUGAGAACCGUCGUAAACCCACCCAGGCAGCUACUGUUCCACCCCCUGGUCUCUCCCAUGGAUCUCCCCAAUCCAGACGAGGUUAUCGGAAUCCCCUAGACCAACAGCAACAGGCUCUCUCCUACCAACAGCAGCAGCAGCAGCAGCAGCAGCAGCAGCAGCAACAGCAGCAGCACGGGUCGUUUGAGCAGCUACGACGGCUACGUUCAGACAGCGAGCCACUAGAUCCCAGCUCUCACAUUCUGAUCGGCUCGGAGAAGCGUCGCCGAUCGUCUACGGACAACUCCCGCAUGCAUCACCAUCCAGGCUUUGAGAGACAGAACUCUGGUCGAGGUGAUUCCUUACGAGGAGUCGACCUCUUACGUAGCAGCGGCAGGUCCUUUGAGAGAGAUGGUUCUCCGCCGACUGGGUACCAGCAACGGGGUUCUCCACGAUACCAAGACGGGGUAAGCGUCAACUCAUCCUCGCAAGGAGAUAUGUACAGGGAUGGUUAUGGAGGGGGAAGCCCCCAAUUUGGGAUGUCUUAUGGACAGGGGUAUCCACCGCACCCGCAAAAUAGACAUUAUCAACAUGAACGCUCAGACAGUCAGUUGUCCAUAUCAAGCCAGCAUUCGAUAGGGAGCGGGGUCAAUGUAGGAGGGGGCGGGGUCAGUGUAGGAGGAGGCGGAGAGCACCAGCAUCAUCAUCAGGAGGAGGGGUCACCAGUCAGGACUGUCCAAGACGACAUCCGUAAGCCCGUACCCUCCCCGCGUCUGAAGAAGAAAAGUAAGAUGCCACGGAUGGGCUUGGGAGCAGUUCAGCAUCACUCUCAGCCCCCACCUCACCCCUCCCCGACCAACGCCCAUGGCCAAGCCCCACACCACACCCAACAGCAACAACAGCAGCAUUCCGUUCCUGGUAUCCCACACUCGCAGUCCGGAGAACGCUUCCAACAGCAGUUCCAACAGAGCCCCCCUCCUCACCAAGCCCAGUUCCAACCCCAACUCCCUCCCCCUCCGCCCAUUAGCGAUUUCCGCUCCGGCACGCCCACUUCUGCCACCACCGCUUUCACCUUCCCCCAGCAGCCAGCCCACUACCCCCACCCCUAUCCUUACAACCGACAGGACUCUUUUGAAGCCUCGCCAACAGCAGUGCCCGUCACCUAUCACUACAACGUCCAAACUCCCGACUCCAGUGCCAGUCAGGUCUUCACCCCGUUAGAAUCCUCAGACCUUCCUCAUCACUACCCGACAAAAGAGUUCCGUCAGAACCUCCACAAGCACUCGGAGAGCCAGCUCUCUCAAACCUCCCAGCACUCAUUAUCAUCUCAACACUCGGACUCCUCCCUCCGUCAGGUCACCUCGGACUCUCAAUCCUCGGAUGAUGUGCUCCGAAGCAGCACGCCUCCCAAACAAUCCAAACCUGACAAUCAAAACAUCCCCUCAACACAACAACAACAACAACAACAACAACAACAACAAGCUCCUCAAUCUGAAGACUCCACAUCUCAACACAUCUUCUCCAAACCCGGCCAGGUCCAGAAAUUCAAAGCCAAGCAGAAGCCGAAACGCAUCAUUGACGACAGUCCCAACCCCAUCUACGAGAACCUUGACUUCAUCCAUCAGAAGCAACGCGAGGACCAUCAACGAGUCCGACUACGAGAGCUAGAUCAGAUCCACUACACCACUCUAGAGCCUCCCCAGGUCCCACCUAGGCAACGGAGACCUCUCUCUGGAAUGCCUCCGGCGAUGAGCAUCAUACCCAAUGGUGACAGCGAGGUGAUCGAAGAGGGACAGUUGGAUCUGAGGGACGAUGGAUCGCAAGAAAACCUCAACAAGAGCUUCGAUUCAGAUGAAAAUGAUGAUGAGCUCAAAGUAUCCCAGGACGCACUGGUCUCCGAGGAGCUGGGUACCGGCGCAGAUGACGGGACGUUAAACGACACCCCGGGUCAGAACGAAGUCGAAGAUGAUGAUGAUCAAGGCGAGACGGUCCACGAAUCGUUGCGACGGAACAAGAAACAACAGCAACAGGACAACGGCUCAAUGGUUCCUGGUAUGCCACCGACGCUGGAACGGAGCAUCUCCGUGCAGGACCAACGCCCAUCCUCACUGGUAAUAGGAAUGGUUAAACCCCCCUCUGACGAGUGGAAGCAAAAACAUGGAACGGUCCCAGGUGCGAUCAAGCCCAGCCCCUCCCUCAUCACAAUGGGACGGUCCAAGAAGCCAUCGUCGUCGGAGAGUGACUUAGAGAACUAUGCUGCGGAGAAUGUGAAUCGCCAUAAGAAGGGCAUCUUUAGAAAGAAGAUCCCGCUGUCACAGAUGCUGUCAUUUACUAAGGACCCAAUCAGGAAGCCCAUGCUCCUAACCCGCGACAAGGUCGUCAAGAAGGAAGCAGUGGAAGUCUUCAAGCUGAUCCAGUGCUACAUGGGUGACCGAGUCAUCAAGAACCUGACCCAUGAGUCCGUCUCUCUUGACCUGGUUCGGAGGGGAUGGACGGUGGAAGGUGUACGGGACGAGAUGUAUAUACAAGUCUGUCGUCAGACCACGGCCAACUACUAUGAUGACAGUUUACGUCGUGGCUGGGAACUGAUGGCCAUAUUCCUGAACUUCUUUCCUCCCUCCAUCCGCUUCUUCUCCUAUCUGGAGGGCUACAUCUACAAGCAUCUCACUGGAGACUUUGAUACGAGACAGGUUCCUGUGCGACAGUACGCUGAUCACUGCUACAAGAAGCUAGAGAGGAUAGCACAGACCGGCGCUAGGAAAGGCGUCAAGAAAAUCACCCUUGAAGAAAUCAAUCUUGCCAAAAACUCCGUCUUUCACCCUUCCCUGUUUGGGAACACCUUGGAUGACGUCAUGGAGCUACAGAAGGAACGCUUCCCAGAUCGCGAACUGCCGUGGAUCGCCGUCGUGUUGGCCGAGGAGGUCCUUCGAUUGGAGGGAGAGAAGGUCGAGGGGAUAUUCAGAGUUCCCGGUGACAUCGAUGAGGUCAACGUCCUCAAGGUCAAAUGCGACCAGUGGAUCAUGCCGCAGUGCGAUGACGCCAACAUCCCAGCAUCCCUCCUCAAACUCUGGUACCGUGACCUGUACGAUCCCCUCAUACCCAUGGAGUUCUACGAGCGUUGUAUCCAGUUCUGUAACGACGCGCAGGCCGCACUGACCAUCGUACAAGAACUGCCUGAGCUGAAUCGGCUGGUGCUCUGCCACUUCAUUAAGUUCUUGCAGAUCUUUGCUCAAGAAGAGAACGUCGUCAAGACCAAGAUGGACAUCAACAACCUGGCCAUGGUCAUGGCUCCCAACUGCCUGCGCUGUGCCUCCGAUAAUCCCCAAGUCAUCUUUGAGAACACGCGUAAGGAGAUGUCAUUUAUGCGUCUACUCAUCACAAACCUAGACACCACGUUCCUGGCCGGUGUUAUAUAAACCUCUCUUUCCCCGAUCUUUGAUUGAAGAAAGUGUGAGUUCCGUACACAUUUUUUAAAGGUGUAAAUCUUGUAGAAGGUUUCUUCGGAAAGUUUGAAGAUGGCUGUUGGGUUUCAUUGAGAGUUUUGCAACAGAGCACGUAUUCUAGCUCAAGAGAUCCAUAGACUCCAACACCACGUUCUCGGCCAUGGUGCAUGGUAUUGAGAAAAGGGCGCCCUCUUGUGAUCCGUUCCGGAAAAUCAUUUCAGCCAAUGUCACACUCCGGAUAAGUGAAAUAAAUUACCGUCAAGUUGAGUGCCGUAAAGUUAAAAAGUGUGAAUAAAUCUGGUUGAGCAAAGAGAAAAUUCCACAAGUACUUGAACCUUCUUUGAUGUUAUUUAAAAAAAAAAACCAAAACAGCUUAAUUCUUCAAAUUUAUUUUUAAGAAUUUGAAUUUAAACGGAAAGAAAACUUAAUUUGCCACCAAAGGCGUGCAUAUUUGACAAGAAAGGAGCUAUAAGUAAAAUUUCUCUGGGCAGAACACUGGACCAGCUAUCCAUGAGUACAAGGUUCAAGUUCUGUUACGGUCUGGCUCUCUUUGCUUAAUCUCGUUCUGCACAAAAGACGGCUGUAUCAUACUAAACAUUUGUAAUAAAUUACGGUGUGUAAUAUAUUAAGCAAACAACCCUCAUUCAAUUGUGUACAUUUUUUUUUGCAACAGAACAGCAGACGUGGGUUCAAAUUUGCAAAAGUGUUGGGCCCAAGAUUCUAAUAUUCUUACGAGCUCACAGUACCUACAAAGCAUGUAACGAAAAGCACAAAAUAUUUCCCUGUAUUCAGAAAGAAAAUAAGCUACAGUGUUCACCAAUUAUGGAAAUUAAUGGUAAAGAGAACUGUGAUUUCUAAUUUGAUAACAAUUUUAAUGCCUCAGUGCAGGUGGAUCUUUCAAACAGGUCACAUAAUGUCCAGCUGGUUACAUCACGUAUCCUCUGCACAAGGAUAAACGACUUCCACAAAUUUCUGGUUAGAGGCGUGAUAUGGCACUUGGAUCUCAUGCAUGCGUGUGCCCCAGACUCGGCGCACGACUGCAGUCUUUCAGUGGUCAAAUUUCUGUCAGGACGCCAGCUGUAGGCGAUCAUGGCACGUGCAUUGUUCUACAUGUUCUAUGCGUUAUUCUGUGCGCGGACGCGGCAUAUCACGCAUGUAGACAAUCUGUUCCGUACAUUUGGUACACAAUUUCAGAUGAGUCGUUUACCCUUGUGUAGAGGAUCCGUGGUUACAUUCACUUACUCAUUGGAUGCAAGAGAACUUCUUUAAGUGGCAUGAGGAGCCACUGAGGGUGUGCUUGAGUAGCUCACACGGAUCGACUCCGGUAAAGGCAGAUGGGUUAAUCAAUUGCUCAAACGUGGCCAUCAUUAUCCUCACGUGACCUACGUAGCCGACACCGUAGCCACUGACAAAACGCCCUUUUUGAACCAAGUCUUACUUUCAGAUUUACUGCUUUGUAGCCAAUCGUAAAAAGUAACGACGUCUGGCUGGAAUUAGCGGCCUCUAAAGUUGCAACGAGCUCAGAAAAUAGUGAUCUUGGGGUCCACUUCAGAUUCCGCUGUCCUGCCACCGUAUUUGUCAGUUUCUUGAAACGAACAAUGCAUGUGUGUGUCGUACUUCCACCACUGACUCUGCCUCACGAGCAGAAUCUGUGGUGGCUGACCUGGGUUAACCCCGAGAAUGUCGUCAGAGCUAAUAGAACGGCACAGGGCUGACCCGAGUCGACCCGGGUCAUCUAAUCAAACGCAGCCUAAGUCUAAGAAAGGAAAAAUGCCUGAAUUUGAAACUUUAGACUGUUUGUACUUCUAGCAUGUUAUAUAACUCAACUUUGUAUCCUAAGUAAAAAAAUAAUAAUAAAAAAAUCAACUUGUGUAUAAAUGAUUGGAUCACUACAUAUUGUUAUAAAUAGUUGAAGUUAUGUGAAUUGUACAAAGGUCUGUAGAGCAGAUGGUAGCCAUUUUCUUUUUGGUCAAACUGGUUAGCGUUUUAUAACUUGAGUUAGUCAAGCAUGGCAUUGUUUGUGGAUUAAAAAUAUAAAACCAGUUUACAAAAUUUAAACCGGUUUAAAAAAUUUAAAUCGGUUUACAAAAUUUAAACCGGUUUAAAAAAUUUAAAUCGGUUUACAAAAUUUAAACCAGUUUAAAAAACUUAAACUGGUUUAAAAAAUUUUCAACUGGUUUAAGCACGGUUUAGAGGGAGUUAGCUGCCUUUCAACCAGAUUACCAUUGUUUAAUGCUCAACUGUAACGGUUAACAACGAACCCUCACUUUUGAAAAAGUUUAAAGAAAGGUA